CUCGACCCGAACCUUCACUUCCACUCUUUUUCCACCUCCGCUACCGCAGCCCCGUCACCGCAGAUCCGAGUUCUUGGGUCCUUGCCAUUGCCAUUGCGCCGCUGCCUUUUCUCUUCUCCCCCUCGUCCUUUCUCUCCGCCUCCCCCAUCCGUCUGCUGCUCGCUGCUGCUUCCAGCCUCGUGUCUUGUGCCCCCGUCUGUCGCCCUCCGUUGGGCCCACAUCCAACUUCCUCUCGACGCACCCUCCACGUCUUCGCCGGUCCUGGAUCUGGGCGGCCACAAGACCAUGUGUGGCUGCGAGUACGCCUCUUAACGACGAGACUCCUGACACCCUCAUUUCUCCCCGCUGCAGGUUCAAACACACCCUGGGGCUGCUUACCUAUACCGCGUUCGUCGCGGUCGCCGAGACGCUCUCCACGCCUUCGAUUGACCCGUAGAGUACCCGAUCGCUCCGUCGUGUGAUUGUGUGAUUGUGUGUGCUUGUGUGAGAGCGUAUCUUCAGAGCGAGGGUGCGUGUGCGUGUGUGCGUGUGUGCGUGCGUGUGAGAGAGGGAAGAAGCACGGGGGGUUUGCACACGGUCAUGGCCGAGGUGUCGCCCUCCUGGACCUCCCAGGGCGGACACGGCGAGCACACAAAUGGAGCAGGAGCGGUGCACUUCGGGAAUACCACAUCGUCGCCGCCGUUUCCGUCUUCCGCCUUCGCAACUUCCGCUGUCCCGGCUACGACCAUGACGACUGCCACCACGACCACCGUCACGGCUACAGCUUCAGCCACGGCUGUUACGCCUGCUGUUGCAGACGCCGCUGCCACCGCCAUCACCAAGGACCGGCGACUGUCGACCUUUGAACGCGUCCUUGCCGCGCAUCCGCCCGUCCUCGAGAGCCUCCUCGCCCAGCUGCCCACCAGCUCCAUCCUCGACCUGUAUCACACAAGUCCUUUUCUGCGCUCGUUCCUGCAGCAUUACCCACUGGCAUGGCAGGCGCUGAGCUUUCGGCUUCCUCAGCCAGCCAUCAACUUCGCAUCACCUGGCGUGGAGACGCCGGAGUCGAGAGAACGCCAGAGCCGGCAGUACGCUCUCGAUAUACUGCUGAUGACCGUGGUCAUGCCCGUGGCCACGCGCCUGCGGAGCCUCGACUUGGACAACACCGCAAUCAGCGGCGGAGCUCUGGUUUCUCAAGUGCUGGAGCCCCGGAUCGCCACGUUGCAGCACCUGUCCGUCCGCGGGUGCAAGAACGUCUCGAUCAAGUACCACAUCGUGCCAUUCCUUCAGCUGCACAAUCCGCACGCCCACCCGUGGGCCACUGAAUUGACCUUGAAGAGCCUGUACACGUACCGCUGCCGCCAUCACCGUCGCCGCCCGUACUUGCCCAGCUCGCUGGUGCGCAGGGACUCGGACUCAGAGCCGACACAUGAGCUGAUCGAGAUCUGCCACCAGCUUGGCAUCUGGACUGACACGGCGUGGUGUCCCACGCCCGGUGGCCGCUGUUUUCGGAGAAAGGACUAUCACGGCAAUCGCGCUGCGCCGGGCACCCAGGAGGUGUGGGUGCCUUUCGACAGGUUGUGGCGGUCGGGCAACAGGAUUGGCCCGACUGACGACAGACGACCGUCACGAGGCUCGGACGGCCGACUGUGGGAGGACAGCGAGGUGGGAUACGACGGCGAGGCCCUGGGCACGGAGACGUUCGCCGCUGACGGCAAGUACGUGCCGACGCACCUGCGCGCCAGCCACACCACCUUCGUGGACAACGUGAAGUGCGAUCAGUGCGGCGAUGCCAUCCCCGAGCGCUGCGAGACGUGCAGCAUCAAAAUGCACUGCAUGGGCUGCCGCAAGACGCUGUGCGCUAGCUGUGCCUUUAACAGACCCAUACCAAGGAAGCGAGUCAAAGUACAACAUUUCCCGUCGCUGCUCGGGUCGUCUCACUCGACCGUUACGGCGGGUGCGCCGCAGAACCAAGCUGUACCCGCUCCGGCCAAUGCGACUGUCGAGCAAACCUUUACGCAGACGUCGACAACGACGUCGUCCUUCUCCACUCCGUCCUCGUCACUGUCUACAUCAGUCUCCACUUAUACGACAUCGCUUCCCCAGCGAACUCCAUCCAAGCGUGAAAAGAACAAGUUCUGGUGGGCACCUGGGGCCUACCGGUCUCCUAACCUCAUGUCGGAGCUCCCGCCGGACUCGGACUCGGACGACGACGAUUCGAGCGUGGCGGGAGCCAACCAGGCAACCAACCCCGCCGCUCCGCUCAAGUUGAACAUGCACUGGUGCUGUAUAGAACCCAUCUUCUCUGGCGGUGGUGGUGUCGCAUUCUUAGGCCAGCCAGGCCAGAUGGGCGGCUCUGGAUCUGAUCGCAUACGCGCCGUGCCGCUACCGAAACGCAAGGAGUACGAAGACCCUGACUUCCAGCACACGCUUGUCGAUCCGCAGAGCAUCGAGAAGUUGAAGAAUGUGCGGCUGUACGAAGAGAUCAUGGGCGAAAACGUGGACAUUUUGCCUUACCUGCUUCAGGACAGUUUGGACCUGCAGCAGAACACAUGCCCACGCAGCUUGUGCCAGGACUGCUAUCGCAGCUUUCGGUGGAGAGUGCCGUGUCGAGGAUGCAAGCGUCCUCUGUGCAAGGAACACGACUUCCGCGGCCUCAAGGUGCGCAAGUGUGGCUUCCGGGAUCUGAGCACGGAACGCGAGUAUGUGAGAAACCCGCCUGUUCAGGCACGCAACAGCAUGGGCAGGAGUGGCAAGUGGGACGUGGCCGCCAUACCGAUGUUUCGUGGAUCCAAGAGCGCGCCGGCAACGGAUCACCCCAGCGGCACGAGCGUGCCUGGGGCUGCCCAUGUCGACGAGGAAGCUUCUCUCCCCAUGGUGAGGAUCGCGUCCACGGCAAGUUCAAGCGCGGACAGUGGCCAGCUUCUAGCCUCGGCACCCAUCCCCGCAGGUGUCGAAGCCGCGGUGCACAACUUUGACAUGACCGCCUUGAUAGCGGACCUUCCGCCACGUUCCGUUCCAGGACCUUCACGGCAGCGGUCCGUCUCCCUCUCGGACCUAACCGACAGGGCGUCGGCCGCCGCCAGCUUUGUCAACGCAUCCGCCGCUACUCGAGUCGAGUGGCAGAAGCGACACCUACUCCCGGGCAAUCCUAACCACCCUGUGCAGUGGCAGGGUUGUGGGGCGUACUUUUGCCAGUACCAGCGGCCCAUCGGCGACAACAGGACGAGAUGCUCUGCGCAACUGAAAGACUGCACUGAGUGCGGGGUGCUCGUCUGUGAGUACUGCCUCCUGGACGCACCCUGCUGCCCUUGCACCUUUUGCUCCUCUACCUUCCACUGCCCCGUCUGCGCGUUCAAGCCCAACGUGCUUGCCCAGUGCACUCGCGAAGAGGAGCUUCGCGCCAUGGAGCAGGCCCGUGAGCGUGAGCGAGAGCGUGCACGACUUGAGGAGGAGCAGCGCGCCGCGGCUGACGAGGUUGCUGAAGCCGUUGGCCAAUUCUAUCUGGGCAUGGAUCAGUAGACGUGAGAGAGCAGAUGGCCGUCAACCGGAAGGCUCUUUGCUUCUGAGUGCAAGGUCAAAAGGACACAUGUAUGUAUGGAUGUACACAUACGCAUAUCUAAAACGCCAGCUCAGCGGGGAGAAGACCGCGAUCUGCCCGCCCGUGGUGGACAGGAGGAACGUGCUUUGGUCUCACGUGUCUGCUUCCGCUGCUGCUUUUUGUCCUCCUGGCUGGACUGGAUCUUUUGUCUUCUCGUCCUUUUAUUUGUUUGCGUAGCCUGUGGGCGCUCCUGAACCGGCUGGUUGGCCGGACGAUUGAACUCGAUUUCCCCCCUUUACCCGACUGCAUUUGUUGUUUUCGAUCAGAGUCUGUC